GCGUAUGGCUACAUGAACGGACCGCAUUCUUGCUCCGAUACACUCGCAAGAGCCUAGGCUCUCCCCAAGUCACCAACUCACCAUGAACCAAGAGAUCCAACUAACGAAGCAGCCGUCGCAACGCCAACAGCAACAAGAACUGCCACCAGAAGAUGGCACCGCCGUGCAAGAUCACACAUCGCAAGACCAGCAGCAACAACGGGAGCAAGACGGUGGUGAUGCCGGCCGCCACCACCGGCGCAAGCUCACGGUCCUCCCGCUCGUCUUCCUCAUCUACUUCGAGGUGGCCGGCGGUCCAUACGGCUCCGAACGGGCGGUCCGCGCGGCGGGGCCGCUCUUCACGCUCCUGGGCUUCCUCGUCUUCCCCUUCUUGUGGGGCGUCCCGGAGUCGCUCGUCACCGCCGAGCUCUCCGCCGCGCUCCCGGGGAACGGCGGCUUCGUCCGGUGGGCCGACCGCGCCUUCGGCCCGCUGGCCGGCUCCCUGCUCGGCACGUGGAAGUACCUCAGCUGCGUCAUCAACAUCGCCGCGUACCCGGCUCUCGUCGCCGACUACCUCGGCCAUGUCAUCCCCGCCGUGGCCGGUCCGGGCAGGGCGCGCACGGGCAUGGUGGUCGGCAUGACGGUGCUCUUGUCCUUCGUGAACUACACCGGCCUGAGCAUCGUCGGGUGGGGCGCGGUGGCGCUGGGGCUCGUGUCCCUGGCGCCGUUCGUGCUCAUGACGGGGAUCGCGGUGCCAAAGAUGCGGCCGCGGCGGUGGGCGGUGCAGGUGACCGGGAGGAGGAAGGACUGGCGGCUCUUCUUCAACACGCUGUUCUGGAACCUCAACUACUGGGACAGCGCGAGCACGAUGGCCGGCGAGGUGGAGCGGCCGGAGCGGACGUUCCCGCGGGCGCUGGCCGUGGCCGUGGUGCUGAUCGCCGCCAGCUACCUGCUGCCGCUCAUGGCGGCGACCGGCGCCACGGACGCGCCGCCGGAGAAGUGGGAAAAUGGCUACCUAGCCGAUGCUGCCGGCACCAUCGGAGGGUCAUGGCUCAAGUACUGGAUCGAGGCCGGCGCGGUGCUGUCGUCGAUCGGCAUGUUCGAGGCCCAGCUGAGCAGCGGCGCGUACCAGCUGCUGGGCAUGGCGGACCUGGGCCUGCUCCCGGCCAUCUUGGCGCGGCGCGCCACCCGCUUCCGCACCCCGUGGGUGGCCAUCGCCGCCUCCGCCGCGGUCACCCUCGGCGUCUCUUUCCUCGGCUUCGACGACGUCGUGGCGUCCGCCAACUUCCUCUACAGCCUGGGCACGCUGCUGGAGUUCGCGGCGUUCCUGUGGCUCCGCGCCAGGCGGCCCGAGCUGAAGCGGCCCUACCGCGUGCCGCUCCCGCUGCCCGCGCUGGCGGCCAUGUGCGCGGUGCCCUAGGCGUUCCUGGCGUACGUGUGCGUGGUGGCCGGGUGGAGGGUGUUCGCGCUCGCCGGCGCGCUCACGGCGCUGGGCGUCGGCCUGCACGGCGCGA